CAAACAGCACCUCCCCUGGCGAUUGACGAAGAAUAUCUAUCCACGACCGAGGAAGGCCGGCAGCCCGAAGGUCUGCCCUCACGCAUGGACAUGAUGGCCUUCACGCUCAAGACGGUGGAAAUUCUGGAUAAGAUGAAAGAGGCAGGGAGCGCGCCGUACAUAAAGCUAAAACUCGCAGGGGCCGAGAUCGCGAUGCCGGAGCCCGGCGCUCUCCUCCGUGUCAACGCCAUGAUUGACGAUCUUUUCCAGGCCUUGCCAGAACAUCUCCGCAUGGACGCCGACUACUCCAAGAUGUCGCUGGACGAGGACACGGUCAAGUUUUUCCAGGUCCAGAGCCACGCGAUCUGCUACCGGUUGCUGAUCCUCCGAGUCUUCCUCCUCCGCCCAUCCCUCCUCGCCGAGGCGCAACGGUGGACCAACCCGGCCGCUUCCUCGGCCUUGACGGCCUCAUCCAUGCUUCAGGAGAGACUCCACCAGGAGAUAUGCAUGCUUUGCCUACAGACGGUGCAUACCAUGCUCGCGGAGAUACACCGAUGUCCGGCCACGGCCGGAGGCAUCUCGGCGUGGUAUGCGCUGCAAGUCACAUUUGCGUCGGCCACCAUCCUCCUCGUGGCGACGCUCUCGCCCAAUCUCGGCGUGUGCCUGGACACGGAACCGGCAAAGUCCUCGUGGGACCGCGUGAUGGCGAUCCUCAACUUCCACAAGUCGAACGUCGCCUCGGCGGCCCAAGGCAUCGAGGUGCUGCAGCGCUAUCGCGAGAGCAUCAAGCGGCGGGCUAGCGCGCGGCUAGGUAGGCACCCCCAACUCCCACACGCGCCUCACCCUCGCGCAGCGCUCAUGGGCAAUGGCGAGACAGGCGUUUCCCCGACGGCGGCCGCCGCCCAAGGUGUCCCGGACGUGACGCCUCCACCGAUUCCUUACAUGGCGCAACCGCAGCACCACCACCAACAACAACAACAGCAACAACAACAACAACAACAUCCCCAGCCGCUCCAGGAGCAGUUCAGGCACGUUCCGACGUGGGAAGGGCAGCAGCACACGAUGCCGACGCCGCCGAUGGGCGGUUCGGGCAUGAUGGAGGGCAUAGACCCCUACUUGGGGUCAGAGGCGCUGGAUGAGGCGUGGCUGGUGAUGCAGGAUUACGGGCCGAACAACUGGAUGCUGGAGCAGUUCAGGCUGCCAUGACAGGGGCCGGUCGAC